GCUCUGAUUGGUCCGGCGCCCUUCAAAGGCCUCUUUUUCUUAACCAGAGGGGGGAGUCUGGCUUUAAGAAAGGAAUUCAGAAAUCCCAGGUCCUGGCAGCUGCACGGAAACGGCCGCGGAGAUCAGAUCGCUGGGAAAAAAACAAAAAGAGACAUUUCCGUCGUUGGACCGAACUCAUUUGCCCGCUAUGGCGCUGUAGAGAGAUAUCGACGAAGACGGGCAUUUUUUGGAAGCGGUUUUAUGUCGGAUUCCGAGGGCGCUCGUGUUUAUGGCGCUUCCAGGACGCAGCUCUCAGUGAUCUCCACUGAUGUUUCAUUAAAGCCAUAACACCCCUUUGUUCUUUUGGCUUUGUCCCCAGGGGGAGUGAAAAAGGGCUUUUUGGUUUUGAUUAAAAAAAAAAAAAAAAGUUCAGAGAGAGAAGAGGAGAGAGAGGGAGAGAUCCUUACAGUUCUAACUUACUCAACAACAAGGUGGGAGCUGAUUUUUUUUUUCCCCCUUCUCUGAUAUUUUUUUUUCCUCCCUUUGGAUUUCUUUCUGCCUCCACUCGGAUUUACUCGGAUUUAUUAAAGGGCAGCGAUGAGAGACGAUCACCGGCCGACGGGAUUAUUAUUGUUGUUGUUAUUGGACUUUUAGCGCAGGAGUUGUCGCACAAACAAGGAUAUUUGAAAAGACUCCUGGCAGCCAUGAGUUCUGCUGGAGUACUGACCUGCAUCCCAGACUCUGGGCCUAUCUUCAGGGAAACUUCUUUGCGUCCACCUGUUCCAGGCCAGGAGACUAACAACUUCAAGCCCGAAAAGUUCACCAUGGAUUCUCAGCACUUAAAACACAAGGAAGAUUUUAACCGUGAAGCUGAAGGUUGCGUUGCCCAUGAUUCCCGCUUCUCCAGAUGGGGCAGGUCUCUAAAUCUUCUACUUGAUGACCAGGAUGGAGCAACGCUUUUCCGCAUGUACUUGGAAGGGGAAGGUCUUGGGGAUCUUUUAACUUUCUGGUUUGCUUGCAAUGGAUUUAGGGCUAUGGACCCAUUAGAACCCAAAACAUCAAAAACAGCUAAAGCCAUAUAUCGCUGGUAUGUACAAAAUAGCUCAGCCGUUUCUGGUCGCUUAAAGCCAACCACCCGCACCCAAGUGAAGGAGUGUGUGAAGAACCAGCAGUUGAAUAAGACUGUGUUCGACCAGGCCCAGCAAGAGAUACAAAGGGCAAUGGAGCAGGAGGCAUUUACCUCUUUUUUGCAGUCUGAUAUAUGCAAGGAGUAUGCUCGUGGUGUUGAAGACAGUCCAACUCCAGAAAGUCCAGGGCCAGGGCUUCCAACAUUGACUGAGGAUGAAGAGUUUGGAGGGUUACACCAUUUUUCUUCUGGUAUGGGGAAAAUAAAUCGUGCCUUCAGUCGGAUCCCUCCUAGAAACCAAAGGUCUCAUUUUCGGAAAUUGGAGCAGACCUAUCAGUACUUUGCCCCUGCAGCCAGUAUCAACGACAGCGAGAUAUCCAGCGAUGCCCUGACAGAAGACAGUAUGUCCAUGACAGAUGGGAGUGUAGAUGGAAUUCCACCGUAUCGUUCAAAAAAGCAGAGGGAGAUCCACCGGAGCGUCAGUGCCAAUGGAAAAGUGUCUUUGCCUUUUGUUCCAAGGACUAUGCGCCCACCAGCAGAGAUGAUGCCCACGAGUCCAGCAGAGUUUGCAGCCAAGCUGACAAUAGCUUUGGAGAAAGUAAAGAAACAGAGGGACGCUGAAGAGAAGCUGGAAGAAAAGUUGCAGAGGUUAAAAGAGGAAGAAGAAAUAGCCGACUAUGACAUCCCAUCAUCCAGUCACGAGACAGUACCUGGGGCUGCUUUAGAGGAUGAUCCACAGUCUAUCCUUGAUGACCACGUAUCUAGAGUUUUGAAAACGCCAGCAAAUCUGUCGCCAAGAUCACAGUCCCCUUUUGUUCAAAGAAAAGGCAAAUUUCAACCAGCUUUCUCGAAAGGGCAGACUUCAACAUCUUGUCACUUGCGUCCCAAAGUUCCUCAGGGUAUGGAAGCGACUUCCACAUUGGCGUCAGAACACCGAAGCUCUGUAAGCAGCCAACUCCCAAGAAGCUCCAGAAAGCCAGAAGGUUGCACACAGCCCCACAGACCAGAGGAAGGAACCUCAGCGGCCGUGCUGACCACUCCUCUCUCUCCAGAGCAGGAAGCAGAGCGCAACCACAGUGUCUUGCAAUGGGUUCUAGAUAGCGCAAAGUUAAUGAAAAAGCAUCACCGAGAAACAACUGCCAGUGUCACUCCCUGCCCUGAACUAAAGAAGGCCACACACCGUGCAGCAUCCCAACCAGCACAUUUGUUCCUGCAAGAUACUUCCAUGCCACCACUUACAGCUCCCAACACUCUGGAUCAACUGGAAGAGGCCAGGAGACGUCUUGUAGAAGAUAAGAGAGUUCCCAAACUUCACAAGUCCAGGUGUGUUCAGUCUGCCACGCUGAAAGAAAAAGGCAAAACAGCGGAAAGUGUGCCAUCGUCUGGCUUCUCUACUCUAAAGCUUUCAGAAGAGCAAAAGACAGCCAAGAAACCAAGUUCUGAGUGUCCGGGUCAAGGACUUGCCAUUGUUUACUACUUCUGUGGUGAAAGGAUACCUUACAUGAUCCGUACUAAGGAGCCAAGCUUGACUCUACAGGAGUUCAAAGAGCUGUUGAGCAAGAAAGGAAGUUACAAGUAUUAUUUCAAAAAGGAGAGCCAUGAGUUUGAAUGCAAUGCGGUUUUCCAAGAGGUCUCUGAAGAAGAUGCUGUAUUACCUUUGUUUGAGGAAAAGAUUAUCUGCAAAGUGGAAAGAGCAUGUUGACCAUGAUGUGGAGCGGAGUUAUUUGCUUCUGUCUAAAAAGUCCAUAUGGGGUCAUAGAGCCAAGAAUGGAGGUCAUUGACUUCAGAGUGCUCUGACCUUGGCCCAUACUUGGAAGAGGGUAUGUCCAUUCUUGGAGAAGGCAAAUCCAAAUGGUAGUUCCUUUUAAAUUAAAGGAAUCAUAAGAGCAACAUUAGGAUCCAAGAGGAGCCGAUGGACUACCCAUGACCGAAUCUGAAGGAAAGGACGGGUGAAAUUGAUAUUUCUCAGAAAGCAGAGGAAUUAUUGCUUACGUUCGAUGGAAGUAGAUCUUUCCACAAUGUCACGUAACUGAUGUUUCAAAGGAUGUGACUUUGAACUCUUUGUAUCUCUAAAUAGAAAAAAAAAAAACUUCUUUCCGGAUAAGCCACUAUCUCUAAUUUUGGUACAUGAAAUGUACAUUUAUUUUUAUUCUGUGUAUUUAUGCAAAAAAAAACAGAAUGUUUUUGAUCUUUUGGUGAACACGCAAAUCCUUGCCAUCGUUUGGAGAAUGUUCUAUAAUAAUGUUUGAAGAAGAAAUCACCACUAUAGAUGCUAAAAAAAACAAAACAAAAAAAAAAACUGAAUGGUAAUCCGCAGGCUGUCCCUGAGCGCAGUCAGAGAGAUACAGCCUCCUCUUCAAAGUGCUGGAUAUUUGAUAAACAUAAAAAAAGAAGCCAACUCAAGUUUGUCCUGUAUGAAUGCACAUGUACAUCUACAGUAUCCCAAGGACUUCGCAAUGGAUGCUGCAGCUUCAAAGGCAUGGAAAGCAAGUCGGGAGAAAAAAGGCAAGACUUCUAAUUCCAAUGAACUCAGAACAUGAAUAAUUUAUAAAACCUUUUCUGGCUGCAUGAAAUCAUCCCUUUUUUUUUUUUUUUUUUUUAUAUUCCUAUAAAAUUGAACUCAUGGUCAUCAAACUAUGCAAAGAAUUGAAAUGCUGCUCUGAAGUUUCACUGGCUGCAUUAAUGUCGUGUUUGUAAGGUGCAUCACAGCAACGCUUGUCUUGGGUCACAGGGCAGGAAAUGCUAAAUGCUGCCUGGCGGCUCACCCUUUCUGGCAGUCAGAGAUCUAAUUAUAUAUUGAGGUCUGAUAUUUUUAUUUGUUUUUUUUUAUAUAAAUCUAACUUAUUUUAUAAAUAGAUUUUUUUUUUUAAAGUAUCUGGUACUCAAAUUAGGACCUUCAGAUAUAUAUAUAUUUUUAUCUCUGUUCAGUUUUAUAAACAGAGGGGUCCCUUUAAUGAAAGUUUGGGGCCCGAACAUGAAUUGAAAGGCAAAGGACUUGCUGGGACCUCGCUAGCACAAUCUGCACAGGAUGGAUGGAGUCUUAACUCGUUUUCACAGUGGUACUGCUAACUGAACGGACUGUACUGUUUUUAUUUUUUUCCUUUACGGACAUGCAUUAUUUAAGAUUUAUAAUAUAUUUAUCUUUAUACUCUGUUUUAAGGGUGUUCAUUGUCCCUUAUUUUGAAGGGGUUCGUUUUGCCUUUUUGUAGCUGUUGUAAAAAGAACAUGCUUGCUGUUUAAAACGGUGAUGACGGAGGCGUUUUGUGGGUUUGAAUCGGUUGCAUAUUAAAGGGGCUCUAUUAAUGUAUAUAAAAUUAAGGAUUGUGUGCUCAUGGGUCUCCAGAUGUUCUUGAACUAGAAGUUCCCAGCAUCCUACCAACAGAAGAUGGUCUCUCCAUGCAAUGCUGUUGGUUCAUGAACAUCUGGAAGGUUGGUGGUUGCCCAACAGAGUGUGGUACAUGCAAGAUUGGGGGAGCUAAUAUAUGUUUACACUCCAAAAGACUUUAAUAGUGACUUUAUUUGUAAUCGUGUGUUCCUGUUUAAUAUAGGAAUCAUGUUGGUCUCUGUUAGAAUACAGCUUUGCUUGCUUUCCCCUCCCUGUAGACCAGUAAUCCCCAACCAGUAGCGCGUGAGCAACAUGUUCCUCACCAACCCUUUAGGAUGUUGCUCCCAGUGGCCUCAAAGCAGGUGCUUAUUUUUGAAUUCCUGGCUUGGAGGCACAUUUUAUAGUGUACUGCCAAAGAGAGCCUCCUGUAGGCUGAAAGUCCACAUACAGGCUACCAAAUAGCCAAUUACAUCCCCUUUUUGGCACCCCAGGAACUUUUUGCAUGCCUGUGUUGCUCCCCUUCUCUUUAUUUUUGAAUGUAUCUCACGGGUAAAAAAAAAGGUCGGGCACCACUGCUGUAGACCAUACACUGUUCUGUCCUCAUGUGCCCCUCUAGCCAUCUCUAUGGUGAUAUUCUAUUUCCAAUGGCAGUGGCAUGUUCCCCCUUAAUUCAGGACUAGAGGUAAUGGGAAUCUUUGACAGUGAUGGAAACAGUCUCCAGCCUUUAAUUGUCCCCUAGUCCAGCGUGAAGGGGGAACAGAAAACCAGCCAAAGGAUAGUAUGAAGGCCAUGCUGGCAGUUGGAGGUGGCUGUGAGAAGGAGAAGGCAUCAUCUAAAGAAAAACUGUAUUUUAGUAGAAAACCAACCAGAUUCCUUUUAUUUGAAACUUGUCUGAGUCCCUUAAAGCCCUAGCAAUGAUGUUAUUGGUGCUGACUAUUAAAGAGAAUGUAGCAUUGACUGCAGGCUUGGCCAACAUCUGACCAAAGGCAGUCUUGCUGAGAACCCAGGUGUAGGCACAAGGAUGGAGUUUUUGUACGAACACAACCCAAUAUGCUACUUGUGAGCUGUGGUGGAACCAAACUUUAGGGUGGGCCCCAAGUGCCUAAUCCCCUCCCCUAGGCCACCAUAGAUUGUAACACACAGAUGGUCUAUUCCUAUCGUAGUUUCUGAUAUUACCACUGCUGGGGCAGCUGCUGACAUAAAUGUCUAACUGGAAUAAAUCUGUUAAAUAUUGUACAAACCGCUGUAUCACAAAAGCAAGAAAGCGUUCCCCAUGAUAAAGCCCCCCUCUCUUUGCAGUCUUCCCAUGAUGGGUAUUCUUUAUAUUCUAAGGGGCAGUUGCAUGUGUGACAGUUGCUUUCUUGGGGCUGUAGGGGUCUGUCUGGCUGCAAUUGCCCUAAAUAGGUGUAAAUGUUACCCUAUAGCCAAUAAAACACAGAACCAAGUAA